AUGAAGAUAUUUAUUGCUCUAGUCAUACUAUUUGGCAUAGCCUGGGGUGAUGAUGUAUUCAAAGACUUGACGGUUGCCGUGAAAGAAUGCGAUGCUGGACCUGGUGGAGCAAAUGAAAUAAAACAUCCUAUGGAUCUACAAAAAUCAGCAGCAACAGUAUCCUGUGUUAUGAUUAAAAGCGGACUUAUUACUGAAAACGGAGACCCGGUGACAAGUAAAAUUAAAAAAUUGUUUGGAGAAAUUAAAGAUGAUAACGAAAUUGACGCAAUGAUCCAGAAAUGCACCAAAAACGGAAAUACACCUGAAGAGGCAGCUGUAAACUUAUAUAUGUGUUUGGAAUCAAAAAGCCCUUGA